GGCGGGGCGGGCCUGGCUUUGCCCGCCCCCCGGCGCUGUAGUGCUGCACCGCGGUGCGAGAUCCAGAGUAGCUUCUUGGCCUGCAGCAGCGAUGGCGGGAUUGGCGGUCCAGCUGCUGCGCGGCAGCUGUCUGCUAAGAAGACACUUUCCAACUUGCCUGUCUUCUUGGAAGAUUCCUCCUCAUGUCCUAAAAUCUUCCCAGUCAGAAGCUCUGCUCGAGAUGACAAAUAUCAGACUACCAUUUGGCCCACUGCAAACAUUUACGGAUGAUGAAAUAAUGAUAACGAGCUCAGUGAAAAAAUUUGCACAGGAACAAAUUGCUCCUUUGGUUUCAACCAUGGAUGAAAAUUCAAAAAUGGAGAAGUCAGUACUACAGGGAUUAUUUCAACAAGGGUUGAUGGGUAUUGAAAUUGACACAAAAUAUGGCGGGACAGGAGCUUCAUUUUUUUCCACUAUCCUAGUGAUAGAGGAAUUAGCCAAAGUCGAUGCAGCUGUGGCGCUCUUUUGUGACCUCCAGAACACAGUAAUUAACAAACUGAUUAUAAAACUUGGAACAGAAGAACAGAAGGCCACCUAUUUACCCAAGCUGGCUACAGAGAUGAUAGGAAGUUUCUGUCUCUCAGAGGCUGGAGCAGGUAGCGACCCAUUUGCUUUGAAAACGAGAGCUGAUAAAAAGGGAAAUUAUUAUGUCAUCAAUGGGUCCAAGAUGUGGAUCUCCAGUGCUGAGUAUGCAGACCUGUUCCUGGUGAUGGCGAAUGUAGACCCCAGCCUUGGGUAUAAGGGAAUUACCUGCUUCUUAGUGGAUCGAGACACUGCAGGCCUUCAUAUAGGAAGAGCAGAAAACAAACUGGGGAUCAGAGCGUCUUCCACAUGCCCUUUAACGUUCGAAGAUGUCAAGGUCCCAGAAGCCAAUAUCUUGGGACACAUUGGCCUUGGCUAUAAGCACGCCAUAGAGAGUCUCAAUGAAGGUAGAAUAGGAAUAGCUGCACAGAUGGUGGGACUGGCCCAAGGAUGUUUUGACUACACUAUUCCAUAUAUUAAAGAAAGAACACAAUUUGGCCAAAGAGUAUUUGAUUUUCAGGGGCUCCAACACCAAGUGGCUGUUGUGGCCACCCAGCUGGAAGCUGCGCGGUUGCUGACGUACAACGCUGUGAGGCUUGUGGAGGCCGGAAGGCCAUUCAUAAAAGAAGCUUCCAUGGCCAAAUACUAUGCUUCAGAGAUUGCCGGGCUAACGACUAGUAAAUGUAUCGAGUGGAUGGGAGGAGUUGGCUACACCAAAGAUUACCCUGUGGAAAAAUACUUCCGAGAUGCAAAGAUUGGUACAAUAUAUGAAGGAACUUCCAACAUCCAGCUGAACACCAUCGCAAAGCACAUCGACAUGGAAUACUGAUGUCCGCAGGAAUGUGACUUCUUCUGGUGUCAUUGCUGUCCAAGUUUUAACUAUUGUGCCUCGUCGGAGAAGUAAACCUCCAGAGCAUCGAAGUGCUUUAUGUGAGCCCUUAGCUGCGGUGCUGGGGGAAGGCCUUUUAGAUUUUACCUUUUACAAGCGAACAUUUUGUAAAUUGGGGAAGACAAGCAGCCAUAUUUUCUUCAAAGCUAGUUUUAAAGUUCUAUACACAUUUAUAAUAUCAGUCUAAUUUCAGAGUAUAGAAAAGUUUCACCUUAUCAGCAUUUGGAAAAAUAAAGACAGCUGAACUGCCAAAUUACUUAUAGAAUCCUAUUAAAUCUUUAUCUUGUGGCAUCAGAGAAGUAUAUUAAAGGAGGCAAUUUUUAUUCAUUACUUUUUUCAGAUCUCAGUUGCUAAAUGAGGUAAAAACUGAUUUGAAAAACUUAUUUAGAAAAAUCUAAAAACCUAGUUUUAAAUAUGAGAUUGGUUGAAAAAUAACUAUAUAACUUUGUAGGUCAUAUAAUUGAAGAAAAUAUUAUUUUAACAAUGUGAAUAAAGCAAUAUAAUUGUUACAGUGAUUGAUCUUUAUAAAAGAUGCAGUCCCUCAGUAGGUCAUUUUUUUUUUGUUGUUGUUGUUGCAGUUUGGUCGGGGCCGGGUUUGAACCUGCCACCUUUGGUAUAUGGGGCCGGCGCCCUACUCACUGAGCCACAGGCACCGCCCCACUCAGUAGGUCAUUUUAAAAACAAGUCUCUACCUUAGUUUUCAAGUAUAAGGUUUAAGUAGUUUGGUUUAAGAGUCAGAAAGUACUCAAUACAAUAUUGUAAUAAUAUGCACAGUUUUUUAAUAGUACAAUUUCUUUCUGUAUUUUAAUUGAAACAGUGUUAUUUCCUCAAAUUUGGGUAUUGGGCUUUAUCCUGAAUAGUAUCAGAAAUUGGCUCUUGAUUGAAUAAUUCUCGAGAGAGAGAUCUCUCUUGCCCAUAAAGAAGGGUAUCAAAAAUCUCGUAAGGAAUGGGGGAGAAGAGUUGUAGAGUUUGAGAAAGCAUAUUCAAUAUUAAAAUAAUUUUAUAUUUGGGAAGGCAAAAAUAAAUCUAUUGUUUUAUAGUGCAAACUAUAAAUAGGAAAAAUUUAACAAAAUAUAUAGUUUAAAGGGCACUCUUCAGUAUUAGGGCGGAAGAGACCCCUGGAGGCACAGAUUCUGAGCCCCUCAGUAGGGAGCACAGGGACCACAGAAGAGGGGGGUUUUCAGAUGUUCCAGACAGUGGACAUGAACAGUGUCCCAAAGCUUGUGCAGUUGCUUUAACACAUACAUUACUGCGAAAUGGGAAGCAUUUUAGUACUUCAAUGAAGGGAUAAUGUUUAUUAAGAAAACCUGAUGCUUUCAAAGUAAUUUUGCUUUGUACUUUCAUGUUUCUUGAAUGGAAUUAAUUUCUACAAUGCAAAUCAUAGUUAAAUAUUCAAAGUUGCAUAGAUACAAUUGAGCUAGGAAUUACAUUAAAAUAUUAGGAAGAAGUAAGGAGCCAAAGAGAUAACGUUUACUUGCCUUUCAAAUGGGGAGAUGAUGAAAACCCACUCAUUUGGUCUUUCAGAAUAAAAAGACAGUAAUCUGAUAAGAAAAGUAGGAAAUGGAUGAAAUGCCCUAAAGGGGCUUUAGACAUCUGUAAUUUCUGUGAUUAUGGGAGAGAGGUGGGCUUGACAGAUGAUGAAGCAGAAGCCAACACUAGUAGAAAGAAGCCGAACUUCUUCCUGUGGAUUUAUAAACAUACAAAAGUGCAAUAAACCUCAUGUUCAAUUUAGCAGCAUCAGUCAGGGCGCUGUAUACACCUGAACCUUGAAUUUAUAUUUAUUAUUGAUAAAGUUCUAAUUUUGUGUACUUUGUGCAUGUUCAUGAACAGUUAAAAUUAAUUAUGUAUUAUAGUUAAGAUAUGCACCUAUCUUCUGUUAGUGAAUCAGCAAAUGGUUUAAAAAUGUGUUAUUUUACCAUUUUUACCAAAAAAGUUGAGUGGAUUUUUCUCAUAGUUCUUUCAUUAUUACUUUUCUUCUGGUACUCAUGACUUUGAGAUCUUUAAAACUACUGAUCUUGAGUCCAUGACUGGUGGAGAACUAUUUCCCUCCUGAAGCCUAUUACCGUUUUUGUUAAUUUGAGGAUUGGGCUGUCUCGGAACUCAGAAAAGAGAGAACUGUUUGAAUAGACUUGUAUGGGUGGAGCUAGAAUCAACCCAAAUGCCAAGUUAGUAUCAUUAAAGAUUUCAUUUUAUAACAUGAAAAUGAAUGAGUAUCAAAGAUUUAGAAUCAUGGAAAGUUAAACUUAGACCUUAGUGAACCAUCCAGCCAACACUUUCAUUUUAAAAGUGAAGGAUUCAUAGCUUGAUUGCCCGAGAUCUUCCAUCCAGGGACAAAGACAAGAAUCUACAUGUGCUACUUCCCAGUCCAGUGUUGUUCCUAUCAUUCUGUUAGGUUUAACUGAUAAAGAAUUAAAAUUUCUGAAGUGUUUUGAUUGACCAGUGUCAUUGCUUAUGUAUAUAAAUCACUUGCCCAAAGAUCCUGGCACUCAGUGGCUCCCUUUGGCUAUAACUGUUAUAUCAAAUUAUGAAGAUUACUGUGCAAUCAUUUGGUUUCAUUAUUCUGAUCUAUAAAUGUACUAGUUAUAUCUUUGCUGAUAUAUUUUUGCUUAUUUUUAUAAAGUGUAAGUUUUGUUUUAAUGGUGUAGGUAUUAGAAUGUAUCCAGUGUUACAAAACCAAUAUUCUAUGGAGAAUGAAAAAUAAAGCCCUAAAUUAACUGGA